AUCAUACAUAUACAUAUAGAUACAGACACCAUCACCGUCUCCAUCGGAUCGGUAGGGUUUUAAUUCAAUUUCAAAUCUCCAUCGUCAUCACAAAUUCCUGAAUCAUGGUGCGUAUGAGCAAUACCUUCAUCGCUUUCUUCAAUCUAAUAACGCUUCUCAUCUCUAUCGCCGCCAUCGGAGGCUCUAUUUGGUUCUCAACCCACCCAGCCUCAAUUUGCCAGAAAGUGAUCCAAAAGCCUCUUCUCUAUAUCGGAUUGGCUCUCUUUGUUGUGUCCUUGUUUGGAUUGAUCGGCUCGUGUUGUCGCGUCCAGUUCGUGCUAUGGAUUUACUUGGUUGUGAUGUUCUUGUUCAUUAUUGCAUUGAUGUGUUUCUCGGUUUUCGCGAUAUUGGUUACGAAUAAGGGGAUAGGGAAGGCCGUAUCGGGGAGAGGGUAUAAGGAGUACCGGCUCGGGGAUUACUCCAAUUGGUUGCAGAUGUAUGUGGUGAAUGGGACGAAUUGGGAUAAGGUUAAGAGUUGUUUGGUUGAUGCCCAUGUUUGUUCGAGGCUCGGAGGGAAUCCUCAUGAAACUGCUGCUGAUUUCGACAAGAGAAACUUGUCUCCCACCGAGUCUGGUUGCUGCAAGCCGCCAUCUUACUGUGGAUUGGAGUUCAAGAAUGCAACCUUCUGGACAGUCCCGAAAACGGGCCCAGCAGUGCCCGACAGCGAUUGCACGGCGUGGAGUAACGACCAGUCGGUGUUGUGCUACAACUGCAAGUCGUGCAAGGCCGGGAUUCUGGCCAUCUUCUCUUAUUCUAGGAGGCUGCUUGCUAUGAUCAAUGCCGGUGUUCUCGUGUUCGUCAUCAUCCUCUACUCUAUCGGUUGCUGUGCUCUCAGGAACAACCGAUCGAGUCGAUACCAGAGAUACAAAGGCUACCCUUAGAUUAAUUUUAGGCUUGAUCAAUCCCAUUGUUGCUCUUUUCUUUUCUUUUCUUUUUUAAAUUUAAAGUUUAAUUUUUAAAUUAAAUUUAGCAUGGUUUGAUGUUUGUUAGGGUACUUUGUCUUUUUAAGUUUUUGUUAUAGAUUCGAUUUUUAUUACUUAUUAGGACAGUAAUUUUUAUUUUAUUAGU